CUGUGAGAGGACCAUGAGAGCAGCAGCCAUAUCCAAACCAAAGCUGGACACAAUGCCAGGAAUGUUCUUCUCCACUAACCCAAAGGGCUUGAAAGAAACUGGUCGUUCACUUCUAGAUGACAAAACUCAAAAACGGAGGCCAAAGACUUUUGGAAUGGACAUGAGAGCAUACUUGAGAUCUAUGAUCCCACAUCUGGAAUCUGGAAUGAAAUCUUCCAAGUCCAAGGAGAUACUUUCUGCUGAUGAAGUAAUACAGUGGUCUCAGUCUCUGGAAAAACUUCUUGCCAACCAAACUGGUCAAGAUGUCUUUGGAAAUUUCUUAAAGUCUGAGUUCAGUGAGGAGAAUAUUGAGUUCUGGCUGGCUUGUGAGGACUAUAAGAAAACAGAGUCUGAUCUUCUGUAUUCUAAGGCAGAGAAGAUAUACAAAGCUUUUGUGCAUUCAGAUGCAGCUAAACAAAUCAAUAUUGACUUUCGGACUAGAGAAUCUACAGCCAAGAAGAUUAAAGCACCAACCCUUACAUCUUUUGAUGAAGCCCAGAAAGUCAUAUAUUCUCUUAUGGAGAAGGACUCGUAUCCCAGGUUCCUAAAAUCAGACAUUUACUUAAAUCUUCUAAACGACCUUCAGGCUAAUAGCCUAAAGUGAGUAGUUCCUGGCUGAACAGAGUUAAAGGAUGGUAUCAAGGAUGGAAGGAAUGUGCCAGUUUGGCUGCCUGGGUGAACAGUUUGGCCUGUUUUGGUGACUUGACAGGCCUGAGGAAGAACAAAUGACUCAGAAUGGAUGAACGUGGAUGUUAUCCAGUGCAGGUUUGAAGAAGCCUAAGCAAGAAGAAUGCUGAGACAAUAAAAGGAAGGAGAAACUGUGGCACUCUCAUAACAUACAGUGGACAUCUAUAUUAGAAAACCCCUAGAGCUAAAAAGGCCAGGUAACAGUCUACAUAGAAACUGUGAAUAAAAUUCAUGAGACUGACUAUAGCAUGCUGUAAGCUUCAAGGUCAACUGACAGCUAUGCUGCAUAUUAUUGUGUAGGAACUGUACUGAACUGCUGAAAUCUCCUUAUGUGUUUCACUCCACCAUUAUUAUUAUCAACACAGAGGUAUUUGUUUUGUUUGAGUAUAUUCAGGUUGGAAGUGAUAAACAGAACAAUGUGUUUAACUUAAGCUA